AUGUAACACAUCUCCCUGUUACCACUGAAUAUGUUUUCAUUUAUCCAUCCUGGUCAGCCAAAACAAUCUGUAUCAGGAUGCUUCAUACAAAGCAAUAAAACUAUGUCUGCUGUGAAGAUGGAGCAGGUUAACCAAGUGUUCGGGGAAGGAAGCCUGCAACAUGCACACAGCGCUCUAUUUCAGAACAGGGGAAAUAUGUAAGUGCUAAAUAAUAUUUAUAACCUAACACCUGUUUGUUGCCUCUUACCUUAGACUAUUGAUCCAUUUUAUAAUUAUUAAACUGAGCUGCAGGCUCUGUUCAUAGCAUAACUUCAUUUGGAUGAAAUAUGGUUUCUAUUAACAGCGAGCAGCAAUUCUGCACAUCAGUGCUCAGACAUGAGGGAGGGAGAAAUGAGCAGGUCCUGAUGGGGUUCACUGGAUGGAAAGGAACGGCCUGAGAUGAACUCAGAGCAAUCGAAAACUAGUCUCCUUUACAAACACUCUGCUUCAGCUCUGCAACUGGAAUUGAAAUAAGCACAACUGAGAUUUUAAUUCAAAUUUAGAAACACAGAAUCAUAGAAUUGCGCUGGUUGGAAAAGACCUUAAAGGUCAUGAAGCCCAACUGCAAUCUAAUCACACUCCCCUAACUCCACUAAAUCAUGUCCCUGAGCACCAUAUCCAAAUGGUUUUUAAACACAUUCAGGGAAAAUUUCCCGGCCAUUGGAAUUUCUCAGAAGAAUUAGUGAGGUUUAGAAUAUCUGUCACACUGCAAAAUGAAGCAUUUGGAGCACAGGGCACAAAGUAUCAGUGCAAUGGCAGGAAAACGGGAUUACCAACCUUGAACUUUGUCUGGGACAAUUCUGUGCUGCCCCAGACAUGACAAAAUGAAACAUCUGGGUGUUUACAAAAAGAUUACAAGAAAAACUUGGAAAUAAACUAUAUUGUACUUUAUGAAACUUGAUCCUAUGCUUUUGAGGAGAAAAGGAGGCACUGCUUAGGAUAUUAAAAUGUUUACAGCAGGUAUUCUUCCACCUCUCCCACGAAAAGCUUUGAAAUAAAUCAACUCAAUUUCAGUAGUCAUUUUGUUCUAAAAACAUGUGAAAGUUCAUACAAUGAAUAUGCACUGAGAGAUAACGGAGUUCUCCCACCUAAAUGACUUCUAUUAUUCUGAUAAUAUCUAAAACUUCUCAUUUUCUGAGCAAAAUGAGCCUCGUUAGGGCCCCCUCCCCCUCAGCUUUGCCCUUUCCUUCUGGCUGAAGUAGCCAGUAGACAUUAAAGACCAACCACAUAGCCUAAUCUCCUUUCAACUUCUGUUAACAGAGGUAUUAAAAAGACAUUCCUGAAAAAUCAGCUGAAAGCCACUAGGUAAUAAACUCCCUACUUAAAAGGUGGAUAGGUGUAAAUUCCACACGUAGGCCUUUUCAUCUAGGAAGCCAGUUGCUUGGAGAUCAGAUGUUUUAAAUGAACUGCGGAGCUGAUGUCACUUUUCAGUCAACAGAGACUGCCACUAUUUGGAGGAUCAAAUAGAUGUGAGGAUGUAAAGCAAGUAGACGGGUCCUGCUCCUGCCAGGGCAACUGCAGAGAGGUGCCUGCCACCAUCCAAAGCGCUGGUGAAAUCUAUGAUACUUAGCAUGACAUCCACAAUACUUGUCCUUCAUCAGCAGGCUCUUGGUGUGGUAUUUUGGAGUAGAGAGAGCUGAAGAGUUUAAAUGUCUAAGGCAGGAUUUUUAGCAGCUCUGCAACUCACCAGUUUCUGGUCCUACUACAAAUGAAUAGCAGUAUUUUCUCUCAUCCUAGCCACCAAAGAUGGUGAUAACAAUUAGGGAUCCAAUUUGCACAUGGUUUUCACUGACUGUAGUAAGGAGUUGCAGUUACUUUUUAGGGGAACUCAGGAUCAGCUCCAGUUCUUACUGCCUUGCUUCCCCCUAGGAGUUGUAGAUAGUUGUUCAUCCAUAUUCUUUGGAAUAAUGACCUCAGAAAAAAAAAGAUGUGGAUAUUUGCUGGUACAGUGCAGCUUACUUAUCUACAAAUCCUACUGAUUUCAGCUGAGAUUGAAUUCAAGUUAGACCCUCUUCCAGAAGUAUUAAAAAAACCUCAAAUAAAUUCAUUAAAAAAAAAAAAAAAACAAAACAAAAAAACCAAAACACUUCUACUCCAAAUUAAGGGAAAGCAUUAAAAAAGAGAGAAGCAUCGCCCAGUGGCUAAUGGGACUCUGGAUAACAAAUGGGCUAGAUCCUUUUCUUCCUUUAUUGCCAGCUUAGGCGUAAACAGAGGUGUCCAGUGUUACUUUUCGGAAGUGUUGAACACCUGCUGCGUCUACUGAAACCAGGGAGACCUGCAGCUGCUUGCACCACGUUUUACAUCUGUGCGGCUGGGUCUGUGCAAAGCAGGAUCAUCAACAGCCAGCUGCACGGAGAGUGGGAGGCAAAGCAGAGAGUGCUUGGAAAACCAUGUUAAGUGAGAGAUGAAGUGACUUUUAAGAGCUUUGCAGAUGUAGAAUAAAGUUGAAAACAUAUCAUCUUAGAGCUCUGUUUGUAUAAUGUACUGCUUGUCAGUGCAGUAAGACCAGACUUCUGUCCUAACUCUCAAGGAGGUGGACUGCUAAGUGCUACUGAAAUAUAUUCAGCCACUUCAUAUGACUUUUUCCUCACUAUUUCAAGUCUGUUUACUCUCCAAACCUCACAGAUUGAUGGAAAUAUGAUCUGGAAUUUUUACAGACUAAAAAUGUAUGUCAAUCCUUAAAUAUCUACAUAAUUACCUACCGUACCUGUGAGUGACAAACUACCUGGACAUCUUAUUUUAAAUGUAAACCCUGAAUCAGACACACAGAGAAGCUAAAAAAAAUUCAAUUUUAUGCUUUUCUUUUAGAUAUAAAAAGUUUUGCUCCAUCCAUGCUUCUCCUUCCUUCUGUUAUAAAUACAGAAAUCUGAUUAGGGAACCUUUCAUUUUAAAAGAGAUGAAGAUGGAGAUGUUAGCCUUUAUAUUGCUGAAUAAAUUACUGGAAUGGAAAUCAAAACUGUCAGUCAAGCAGAAAAUCCCUCAUCAUUUUGUAAGUGUGAGUAUGUCAUUGGCGUUAGCCUCAUUUCUUACUGCCUUGCAAUCUUUUGGCAUUACUGGGAGAACAAAAGGGACUUCUCCAAAUCUGCUCAAGGUCGAAUAAAAUAAAGAUUGCAAUGCUUCUUUAAAUUUCUUCUUCUUCUUCUUCUUUUUUUUUUUCCUCCAUGUAUUUAAACUUUAGGAAGGUGACAUUUGAAACACUAUACUUUCUUAGUUCUUUAAUGAAUGAGCAUCAAACAGUCCUAGAAUAUAUGAGAAUAUACCUGCUAUCCACCACAUAGCCGUACCCUCCUCUGUAUCACAUUUUCAACCCUGCUAUAGUGGAACACCAUGACUUCUAUCAUUUCCAGUAUUUUUUUUUUUCCUAUUGUAACUGUCCCUAAUUUGUGAGAUCAUUUCCCAACCGAUGAUUCACACAUUGCAGGUAGAGAUGUGGUUGCAGACAAAAAUUAAUUACAGAAUGACAGAAUCACGGAAUGAAUACAAGAAAAACUAAAAACCAUGAUCCUCUGUUGAAUUAAAUAGUCUGUAGAACAUACAGGAAUCCUGGACCUUACAUUGCUUCUUGAUUUUUUGACAUUUACCAUUAUUAUGCAUUGGUUAGAAAUAGCUAACAAGUAAUUUGUUGAAAUUUUUGCUUCCAAAUUUGACUGCCUUCAAUGGCAGUAGAUUUUUGAUUCCAAAAUCAAAAUCAAUGAGAAGAAAGGGUCAUAUAUAUAUAUAAAUAUGCAUUUAUAUAUGCACCAUGAAGGUACUAUAAAUACAAAUGCAAAUAUGAGGAAAACACAAAAAGAGAAUGGGAGAUUUUAACUGGGACAAAAGUUACUCAUUUUUAUGCUAAAUCAGUUUUUGAGUCUGACUUGUGACUUGGUGACCUCUGAAAUGGUGCUCACUCAGCUCUCUAGUCACAAAAAUACCUGCUGUAAAUCUUCUCUUAAUUUUAAUUUAUAGCAGGAAUUUGUUGUUCUUUGGACUAUUGCAACUCAUUUUCCUUAAAGAAAAAAAGAAAAGAUCAGAACAACACAGGAUAACUGGAAAACCCAAAGCAAUCCUGACUGAGGUAAGGUGUGCCCUGAGUUUCCCUGAGCAUGAGAUAUAUUUCAUCACAGACAAAUCAUCUCAGACUGGUUUGAAAUGCUAAAACCCUUCACAUUCACUUUGUGGUUCUUUCUUACUCACCUCAUGAUAAAAUCAGUAAUUCUCCUGCAAGCAGCUUCCAAAUGUUUUGAUUCCAAACUCAACAAAAAUCCAUAAAAGACUUCAGUGAAUAUUGGAUCAGCCCCUAUUUUCAGUGCACAUAGGAUUUUCCUCUUAGUGGUUGUAGUGAGGAUUUUGUAGUCACAAAGAAAUGGUAUCUUCCACCUUGCUUUGACUAUGUGCCAUCUAAAAGCCUUUCUCCCUUUUCUUUUCAGAGUGGAUUACUAAGCACACAGAGGUCAUUACACUGAAGCUCUAAACUAAAUCCUACCCUACUUUUCUUGGUCCUUCAGGUUAGCACUUGCUCUCUCUUUCUUUUCAUUGUAUAUUAUAUCUUGCUUCUAUGACAGAUUAAUAUGAAGCCAUGGCUGGCAGCCGAGCUGCUCAGUGGCUACAGAGCUCAGUUGUUUUCCCUCCUAAUGAUUUGCUGUGUGGUCUUGAGCAAGUUCCUCCUUGACUCCGCUUAUCCAUUUCCUUGGGGAAUAAAGAUCAUUAAUCAUCACUGUAAACUCUUCAGAGGCCUACAGAUGAAAAGUGCUCAUUAUUAAUGCUAUUCAUUUUUAGGAUAUAUAUUUUCAUUUGAAAUGCCUAACAUCUAUCUUCACCGUUGUAUUCAGUAAGGGACGGAAAAGUUUUUUUUUAGCAGAAAAACAGAUUCAUAGAGGUAGAAAUUCUUAUAUAAAUAUCUUCUAGUCUUCUCUUACACAUUCCUAACCUCUAUACAGCUUUGAAUUAAAUUCCUAUCUAAGACAACUGCUCAGGCCUGAAGUUUGUGUUGAUUUAAUUUCCUAUAUGUUUAUUUUUUUUAAUUACAUCUUCCCAAAUCUUUUGUUAAAUAGGACUCUGACUUUCUUUACAACUACAAAUUUCCUCUUUGCCUUUUGACUCAAGAUUUGAAAUGAUAAACUAAGUGCAGUUCCCUGUAGGGAAUAUCCAGAUUUUCCCCUUUCUCUUGUUGAAAAGCUAAUUAUUCAAAGAGAAAUUACAACCCAACGAGACGAGAAAUCCACAGAGCCACACACAUCAAAGUCCAAGACAACCAUUUUUGGGUUUCACAAUUAAGAUGCAUUUAGUGAGAGAAUCUCAGCCACAGUCAGCAUGGAUCAGCUGAUCACUGCUGCGGUGCAGUUCCUUCCGAACAGUCACACAGAAAACAGGGCUCAAUAGUUUAAAUUCUGGCCCUAAGUCAGUGCUCGCUAUCUUUAAACUCUCUGUUAACUGCUUUGUAAAAUGGUUAAUUUUCUUUUUCCUCUCCCGUCACUUAUCCCCCCAGUGCAGCGUUAAAUGUUGAUGCGCAGCCUUAAUUGGUUUAGUCACAAGAAGAUAAUCUUUUUUUCCUCCUUCCUCACUGUUGCCUGUUAGCUUAAAGGCUUUUUAGCUGAAGGUUGAUAAUUAUCACUGAGAAGAAACUAGCACAUCAGGAGUUCAUUUUCCAUCUUAGCACUUGUGGUGCUCCUUUGAACUCCCCUGGCCAAACCCACGUUCCCACUUUGUCACUUUCCUCCCUCCAUCAUAAAAAGGUCUCAGCAGCAGGCAGCUCCAGCCUUUGCUGGCGGGCAGCGGGAAUUGCUUCUCCCGCGCGCUCCUCCAGAAUGGACAAAUUGCACGAGACGUUGAUAAAUAUGGAAGACACUUUGGGUUCGGAGCACUCUGUCUGCUUAUCCUCCUGGGACUGGAAGAACUCCACUGGGGCUUUCGAGCUGCACUCUGUCUCCUCUCCACACAGCUUGUCCCCAACGCCAUCCUUUGAGUCUUACUCCUCGUCCCCGUGCCCGGCAGCAGCUGAGACCCCAUACAGCGGUGGCGGCCUGGUGGGCUACGGCCUGGUGGACUUCCCCCCAGCCUACCUGCCCAGCCCCGGUCAGGCCCGGCUGCCCAAGGGCACCAAGGUGCGGAUGUCAGCUCAGCGCCGGAGGAAAGCCAGCGAGAGGGAGAAGCUGCGGAUGAGGACCCUGGCCGAUGCACUGCACACACUGCGCAACUACCUGCCGCCCGCCUACAGCCAGCGGGGACAGCCCCUCACCAAAAUACAGACCCUCAAGUACACCAUCAAGUACAUCAGCGAACUGACGGAGCUCCUCAACAGCGUCAAGCGGGUGUAGGGCCCGGUUGGAACACCUGCCCUGGCACCCCCAGGCUCUGCUGUGGAAGGGCCCUUUGAAAAAGACAACGAAACCAGCUCGAUUUCUCCUUUCUUGGAGCAUGGCUGCAUGGGGUGACAGAGGAACGUGAGGGAGGGAGAGCGAGGGUCUCUGCGUAUGUAGGACGCGAUGCUGGAAGGUGAUGUGGGGCUGCCUAAAGCCUGAGCUGCAAGUUGCUGCGAUGGAAGUCUUGCUUUACGUUUUUCUUAUGCUCCUGUUUUGUCAUUUUUUGUUUGUUUAUUUUAAUGAUAAGCUCCUGACAAAUUUUAAAGCUGAUCUGAUAUGAACCAAAAAGCCAUGUGAACCUUCUAGGAUUUACAUAUCUGUGUUCUGACUGAUUUUCUGUUUAAUGCAGACAACAGUAAAUCCAUAGGUUUUAAAGUGAAUUUGUAAAAAGUAACAACAACCACAUAGGAUUUAUAAGUGUAUUGAUUUGUAGGCACUUUAAUAUCAGGAUGAGGGGGAACAUGUUUAGCUAGUUCAAAUAUUACUUAUUUGUGUACAUUUCCUCUGUACUUAAAAAUCAAGAAAGGAACUAAUAGCAGGAACUUCUUUGCUCAUAACAAAUAAAUAUCGAUGUUAUAGUCUGUACUUUGUAUUACAUACCUGGUAGAUAAGUAAAGUCUAAAGCUGAUGAUUAAACACUGGAAAUGAAAUAUAAACCAACUGAUCUUGUAUAGAUAAAUUGCUGCUAAAGUCUAUCUUCUGUUU